AUGGAUUUUCCUGAUAAAGAGAAAAGAAAAAGAUUUUCUUUGAAAGCUUCAAAGUUCGUGGAAGAUGAGACUUUAAGUGAUGAUGCUGAUCACGAUGAUAUUCUCUCUAGGAAAAUCAUAAAGUUCCUCAAGAACAAGGGUGAUAAAAGACGUGAAUCAAGGUCUACCUCUAACUACAAAAACAAAUAUUUGGAAGAGCAUUCAAGCGAACAAGCUGCAAGGUUCCAGAAGAUCCUUGAGAAAAAGACAAACAAAGCUAAAGUCAAGUGCUUUGCAUGUGGAGGAAACGGUCAUAUUGCAAUGGCAUUUGUUGGUCUAGUAGCUACUAGUGAUGAGUCUGAUGAUGAAGAACCAGACUUGGAGGAGGUUUUGCAUCAAUACAUUAAGUUGUCUGAGAACUCCAAAGACUUGAAACAAAAGAAUCAACUUUUGAAUGAUCAAGUUGAGUUUUUAAAGAAAGAGCUCAGUAGGAGUGAAACAAGUUUUCAAUCCCAACUGGAAGCCAGCGAAAAUUCUAGAGUUUCUUUGUUGGAGAAGAUUGAAUUUAUGGAAGAAAAAUGUCAAGAGCAAGCUGAUAUAGUAGAAAGCGUAAAUGAAGAGAAAGCUAAUCUGGUGAAUGAGCUUGAGCUUUUAAAAGAUAAAGCUAGUAGUAUGAUUACAAGUGAAAAGAAGCUGAAUAAUCUACUGACCAUGGGCAGAAGUUUCGAUGAUAAACGUGGCUUGGGGUAUAUUGGUGAAAAUGCAUUUAAAGGUGAGCAUGUUACCAAGUUUGUGAAGGAUUCAACUCAACAAAAUUCAGAUUUUAUCCAUCCCAUAUCUAAUGAGUCCAAACCAAGAUUAAAGAAGUUUGUUCAUGUUUGCCAUUUUUGUGGAACUCUUGGCCACAUUAAACCAAGAUGUAAUAAGCUUCGAAAAGCAAUUUUGAACUCAAGGAUAAGGUCUGUGAAGCACUUUAAAGGAGCAACUAAUAGUUCAAAGCAUAUCUCUUUGUCAAGCUCAAAUGGUAGAAUGAAGAAAGUUUGGAGAAUGAAAUAG